GGAGCAGGCAGGCGGGCGGGUUGCCGCUCCUUCCGGCUCCUCUUUGGUUCUGGGAGGCGGGCCGCAGGGUCGCCGUCAGCGCCGCCGCCUCUCUGGGUCGGGCCGGCUCACGUGACCGACGCGGGCUCUGAAGCGGUGGGCCGUACCGAGGCGGCGGCGGCGACGGCGACGGCGACUGCAGCUCGAGAGGUAGCGGCCUGGAGAGGGACGGGCCGGCUGCCCUCUCGGACGGCCGCGGCGGAGGACAAAAAUGGCGGAGGCCUCGGCGGCCGGGGCGGACUCGGGCGCCGCCGUGGCUGCCCACCGGUUUUUUCUGCCACUUUUGCAAGGGCGAGGUCAGCCCCAAACUACCGUUUUUUAGGUGGUGGCAGCAGUCGAAUAGACAAUAGCACAACAACACAUUUUGCAGAGCUUUGGGGCCAUUUGGAUCACACGAUGAUUUUUCAAGAUUUUAGACCAUUUCUAAGUAGCAGUCCACUGGACCAAGAUAAUAGAGCAAAUGAAAGGGGUCACCAGACUCACACUGAUUUCUGGGGAGCAAGGCCUCCACGGCUGCCAGUGGGUCGGAGAUACAGAUCUCGAGGAAGUACUCGUCCUGACAGAUCUCCAGCUAUUGAAGGAAUACUACAACACAUCUUUGCAGGAUUCUUUGCAAAUUCUGCCAUUCCUGGAUCUCCACACCCUUUCUCCUGGAGCGGGAUGCUGCACUCCAACCCUGGGGACUAUGCCUGGGGUCAGACAGGGCUUGAUGCCAUUGUAACCCAGCUUUUAGGACAACUGGAAAACACAGGUCCUCCCCCAGCUGACAAGGAAAAGAUCACGUCUCUUCCAACAGUGACAGUAACUCAGGAACAAGUUGAUAUGGGUUUAGAGUGUCCAGUAUGCAAAGAAGAUUACACAGUUGAAGAGGAAGUCCGGCAGUUACCUUGCAAUCACUUCUUUCACAGCAGUUGUAUUGUACCAUGGUUAGAACUGCAUGACACAUGUCCUGUAUGUAGGAAGAGCUUAAAUGGUGAGGACUCUACUCAGCAAAGCCAGAGCUCUGAGGCCUCUGCAAGCAACAGAUUUAGCAAUGACAGUCAGCUACAUGACCGAUGGACUUUCUGAAGCUAAAGACCACACCUGAAUCAGGGCUAUGGUAAUCAUCUGACCAUAGCUGUAAAUUGUAUCAAAACAAAAAAUUAGUAGAUGGAUAUAGGAAUCACAUAAGAAACCCAACGCAUAAUAUUAAUGCAAUGAAUGUUUUUCUUCUCUAAAUUUAAAGUUAGUAUCUACAGAUGGAAUUGUAUCUACAACCAAAUGCCUCUUAUUCGUGAAUUCAGAGUGAUAAUUUUAUAAGUGUGAAACUGAAUUAUGUAGUACUCCCCCCCCACCUGAAUGGAAUCAAUCCCUUAGUCUGGUUAGGGUCCUGCUAUCUGCCAUGUCGCCUUUGUAACAGAGGUUUCCACCUCCUUCUCCACCCUCUACCCCACCAUUAGGGUAUUUUACUGUAAAAACAGUGGAACCACAGCCCUAAAGUCCUGCUGAUAUAAGUCCUUUUGUCUUAAUUAUAUUUAAAAAAAUCUACUCUUGAUCACAUUAGCUGUGAGGUGAGGCCAAAUUAAUUCAGGAAUCUAAGACUAAUGAUUUUGUUUUGUCUUGAUUCCUGGAGCACAAAUCAAAGAAUUACGGUGAGAAGGGAAAAGGGCUUUACCAUCAUGUGCUUAGUUUUCUUAUUUUCAUUUUUAAAGACUACUUCUGUUGAUGCAGUUUCCCCAGAAAGCUACAUAAUGUAUUUUGGGAGCCUUAUGUUGGUAGGAAUCUGAUUCCAUUUCCUUUUUGGGAAAGAGUUGGGCAGCAUACAUUGCUUUGAAGAGUGUAAAAAAUGAUCCCCAACUCACUGAUUUUGUUUGUUUCUUUCUGUUGCCUAGGCUGGAGUACAGUGGCACGAUCUCAGCUUAACACAGCCUCGACCUCCCAGGCUCAAGUGAUCCUCCCACCCCAGCCUCCCGAGUAGCUGGGGCUAUAGGCGUGUGCCACUAUGCCUGGGUAAUUUCUGUGUUUUUAUAGAGACAGGGUUUUGCCAUGUUGCCCAGGCUGGUCUCAAACUCCUGGGCUCAAGCGAUCCUCCUGCCUCAACAUCUCAAAGUGCUCAACUCAUUGUUUACUGUCUUUUUUCCUAGUAAUCUUAAAAUAAUUUGUGUCACAGAAAUAGAUGCAGUAAGCAUCUGCAGCCAGUUCACUGUUUUUAGUAACUCAUUGGUCUUCAGAAGUUAAGAUUUUACGUUGUCACAUUUUAACUCUUUAAGCCUAUUUUUCAUCUUUUCCGCUUGGUUCUGGCUAUACUGACCAACGUGAUCAUGUCCAAAUCAGCUUGGCCUGGGAGAGGUAGGCCUUAUAUUUUCAGCCUAGUAGCACCCCAUGCCCAUGCUCUUUGUAGUAUUUAAGUGUUUAACAUUGAAUAAAUGAAGAAGGUAAGGAAUGUUGUGUAAACUUAAAAAUCUCAAAAGGGGAGACAUGUAACAGCUGUUGGUGUGCCUGAAGAAGGUAUAGAGGGGCACCAUUAAUGUUGUCACAUUAGCCUUUGACAGUUUACUAUGAUCAGAACAAGAGCACCACUCUCUAAUGGGUUUCUUUCUUGGCUAGAAGUCUUUCCCAGUUUCUGUUGACUAUCAUAUGCUGAUUUGUGGGUGAUGGAAGGGGGCUAGAGAUACCUUUUCCUGUACUUUGGUAGAGGAUAAAGGAGUCAGGGAGGGCAAAGAAAAAGUUGGGGAGUGGCCUGCUGCAAUAAUAGCCUGCUUCUAAAAGUUGUGACCAGAAAGUAUGAUUCAGCUGGGCUCAGAGGGAAUAAAAGAUGUUUUCUCAUAUACCUCCCAUAUUA